AUGCAGGUUACAAUUGCUACAAAUUGUUUGAAUGGACAUAGUGUAUCCUGGCAAUCACAACCACUAAUCGAAGGAACUGCAGCAGGAAACAUUUUGAUAUCAGCAGCUAUUUUAUUCAGUGGAAACACCUACAAACGCACUGUAGAUUUUGCCAAGUACCUGAACCUUCAAUUUGUUUCCUACUCCCAUUACUAUACUACCCAGUCUACCAUUCUUUUCCCAGUAGUGCAACAUACUUGGAUAACAAGCCAGAGUGCACUGGUAAAGAAGUUAGAGCAAAGCGACAGUGUGGACGUAUGUGGUGACGGGCGGUGCGAUAGUACUGGGCAUUCUGCUAAAUAUGGCACAUUUACCCUGAUGGAUGAGAAAACAAACUUGAUAAUUGAAUUUAGCCUUGUUCAAGUAACAGAGGUAACAUCGUCUAAGGCAAUGGAAUAUGAAGGCUGUAAGAGAACACUGAACACCGAUGUCUUACAACAGAUCGUCACACAACAAUCACAGCGAAGAUGAGGACAAACUAUUCAAACAUUGUUCACCAGUAUGAUGUGUGGCAUCUUAGCAAGUGGGUGACCAAAAAGCUGUCAAAGAAGGCAAAAAAUUAAAGAAAGAUUGUCAAGAGUUACUGCCAUGGAUCCAGAGUGAUUCCAACCAUUUAUGGUGGUGCUCUGUAACAUGCGAGCAGAAUGCAGAUGGAUUAAGUGAGAAGUGGUUGUCCUUGUUGCAUCACAUCACUGGUAAACACUGUUGGGGGGCCUCCAAGGAAUUUAAAUUAGUAAAAAGGUGUGGCCACCCUAGAAUAAGUAGAGAAGACCAAAAAGAGAUUGUAUGGGUUGAAAAUGGUUCCCCUGCUCAUGUUGCUUUGGAAGAAUUCAUUACAAAAAAAAAGCUGCUGAAAGAUCUGGCAAAGCUAACAGAAUUCCACCACACUGGUGAGUUAAGGCCCAUACAGACCGGACGCGAUUUGGCAACGCGACGCGAAUUUUCAGUUUUCAAUGACAUUUAACUUUAAUAUUUUUCAGUGUUUUUCAAAUAUUCGGAACCACUUAAGCAAUUUUAGCUAUUUGGUCUGCAUAUCUUGUAAAAUUUUUAUCCGUCGACGGUUUUAUUUCUUUUUGAAAACUGAAAAUUCGCGUCGCGUUGCCGAAUCGCGUCCGGUCUGUGUGGGUCUUUAGAGUCAUACCAUUCUCUUAUGACAAAAUACACACCUAAACGUGAGCACUUCUGUUAUAAUGGAAUGGUGGCUCGAACUCAGCUAGCCGUCUUGGACCACAAUGCAAAUGUGAACAGAACCCAGGCAGAAGUGAAGGAAGGAUCAAAGCAAGGCGAGAAAAGUUUCAAUAUUGUUUUCGGCAAGCAGAGAAAGAACUGGGUGGCCAAGGAGAUUAAGACCCCAAAAUCCUCCAGCUAUGUUGAGGGCAUGAUGAAUGAUGUAAUCUUGUGUAAGAAAGGCAAAAAAUUCAAAUACAAGCCAAAAACUUAA